UUUCCUGGGCUUGGCUGCUUGGAACAUCUGCCUCCAAGGACCUGCCUCGGCGGGGUCGCCGGGAAAGGGAGGGAAGAAGGAAGGGCGGGGCCGGCCCCCCUGCGCCCGCCCCGCGCCUCCGCGCGCCCCUGUCCGCCCCGGCCCAGCCCAGCCCAGCCCAGCCCAGCCCAGCCCGGCGGGCCGGUCACACGCGCCGCUGGCCGGCCGCCUCCCUCGCACCGCCCGCCGCUGUGCUGUGCCCUGCGCCCCUGCCCUGCGCCACUCUCUGCGCCCACAGCCCACCCAGCGCUCCCGGUGACUGUGACCCUGGCCUGGGCGCGGGGCGGAGCGGGCAUGUCCCCCCUGGGGACCGCUGCCCUGGCGCUGGCUCUGGUGCUCCUGGCAGUGACCCUGGCCGGGGUCGGAGCCCAGGGCACAGCCCUCGAGGACCCCGGUUAUUACGGGCAGGAGAUCUGGAGCCGGGAGCCCUACUACACACGCCAGGAGCCCGAGCCCGAGCCCUUCUCUCCGCUGCUGCCUGCGGGGCCCGGGGAGAAGUGGGAGCCGCGCCCGCAGGAGCCCAGGCCGCCCAAGAAGGCCACCAAUCCCAAGAAAGCUCCCAAGAGGGAGAAGUCAGCUCCGGAGCCGCCUCUACCAGGUAAAAACAGCAACAAAAAAGGCAUGAAAACCAGGAGCUCCGAGAAGGCUGCCAGUGAUGAUCACCAUGUCCGUGCGGCGCAUGAAGAUGUCAGAGAGAGUUGCCCACCUCUUGGUCUGGAAACCUUAAAAAUCACAGACUUCCAGCUCCAUGCCUCCACGGCGAAGCGCUAUGGUCUGGGAGCGCAUCGAGGGAGACUCAACAUCCAGGCGGGCAUUAAUGAAAAUGAUUUUUAUGAUGGAGCAUGGUGCGCAGGAAGGAAUGAUCUCCACCAGUGGAUUGAAGUGGACGCCCGGCGCCUGACCAGAUUCACCGGUGUCAUUACACAGGGGAGGAACUCCCUCUGGCUGAGUGACUGGGUGACAUCCUAUAAGGUCAUGGUGAGCAAUGACAGCCAUACAUGGGUCACUGUUAAGAAUGGAUCUGGAGACAUGAUAUUUCAAGGAAACAGUGAGAAGGAGAUCCCCGUUCUUAAUGAGCUGCCCGUCCCCAUGGUGGCCCGCUACAUCCGGGUAAACCCGCAGUCCUGGUUUGAUAACGGGAGCAUCUGCAUGAGAAUGGAGAUCGUGGGCUGCCCACUGCCAGAUCCUAAUAACUAUUAUCACCGCCGGAACGAGAUGACCACCACUGAUGACCUGGAUUUUAAGCACCACAACUAUAAGGAAAUGCGCCAGUUGAUGAAAGUUGUAAAUGAAAUGUGUCCCAAUAUCACCAGAAUUUACAACAUUGGAAAAAGCCACCAGGGCCUGAAGCUGUAUGCUGUGGAGAUCUCUGAUCACCCUGGAGAGCAUGAAGUUGGUGAGCCUGAGUUCCACUACAUCGCGGGGGCCCACGGAAAUGAGGUGCUGGGCCGGGAGCUGCUGCUGCUGCUGGUGCAGUUUCUGUGCCAGGAAUACUUGGCCCGGAAUGCACGCAUCGUCCGCCUGGUGGAGGAGACGCGGAUUCACAUCCUCCCCUCGCUCAACCCCGAUGGUUACGAGAAGGCGUACGAAGGGGGCUCGGAGCUGGGAGGCUGGUCCCUGGGACGCUGGACCCACGAUGGAAUUGACAUCAACAACAACUUUCCUGAUUUAAACACACUGCUCUGGGAGGCAGAGGACCGACAGAACAUCCCCAGGAAAGUUCCCAAUCACUAUAUUGCAAUCCCUGAAUGGUUUCUGUCAGAAAAUGCCACGGUGGCUGCCGAGACCAGAGCAGUCAUAGCCUGGAUGGAAAAAAUCCCUUUUGUGCUGGGCGGCAACCUGCAGGGCGGGGAGCUGGUGGUGGCGUACCCCUACGACCUGGUGCGGUCCCCCUGGAAGACGCAGGAACACACCCCCACCCCCGAUGACCACGUGUUCCGCUGGCUGGCCUACUCCUACGCCUCCACGCACCGUCUCAUGACCGACGCCCGGAGGAGGGUGUGCCACACGGAGGACUUCCAGAAGGAGGAGGGCACCGUCAAUGGGGCCUCCUGGCACACCGUCGCCGGAAGUCUGAACGAUUUCAGCUACCUUCACACAAACUGCUUCGAACUGUCCAUCUACGUGGGCUGUGAUAAAUACCCACAUGAGAGCCAGCUGCCCGAGGAGUGGGAGAAUAACCGGGAAUCUCUGAUCGUGUUCAUGGAGCAGGUUCAUCGUGGCAUCAAAGGCUUGGUGAGAGAUUCAUACGGAAAAGGAAUCCCAAAUGCCGUUAUCUCCGUAGAAGGCGUUAACCAUGACAUCCGAACAGCCAACGAUGGGGAUUACUGGCGCCUCCUGAACCCUGGAGAGUAUGUGGUCACAGCAAAGGCUGAAGGCUUCACUGCGUCCACCAAGAACUGCAUGGUUGGCUAUGACAUGGGGGCCACACGAUGUGACUUCACACUCAGCAAAACCAACAUGGCCAGGAUCCGAGAGAUCAUGGAGAAGUUUGGGAAGCAGCCCGUCAGCCUGCCAGCCAGGCGGCUGAAGCUGCGGGGACGGAAGAGACGACAGCGCGGGUGACCCUCCUGGGCCCUUGAGACUUGUCUGGGACCCAUGCAAAUUAAACCAACCUGGUAGUAGCUCCGUAGUGGACUUACUCACUCUUGUUUCCUCUGUAAUUCAAGAAGUGCCUGGAAGAGAGUGUGCAUGGUGGGGCAGGUCCCAAAAGGGAAGGCUGGAGGCUGAGGCUGUUUUCUUUUCUUUGUUCCCAUUUAUCCAAAUAACUUGGACAGAGCAGUAAAGAAAAGCUGAUGGGAGUGAGAGAAUUCAGCAAAUCAACCUGGGAAUCAGAGAGAGAGAGAGAAAGAGGGGAGCCUGUCCGUUCAGGGCUUCCUGGCUGUACAGGAAAGGAUUCUGGUGCUUCCCCUGUUUGCGUGACAGCGGAGUUCCACAUGCAUUUGCAAUUUGCACAGCUAAAAUUGCAGCAUUCCCCCAGCUGGACUGUCCCAAAUGUUACCAUUUGAGAUGCUCCCAGGCAUCCUAAGAGAAUCCACUCCCUCUGGCCAUGGGACAUUCCAAGCUGCUACAAAUAAAUUCUGUGUUCUGUUGACAAUAGAGUCAUUGCCAAGUGAACAUCAGUGAGCCUCUUGAAUUGGUUUAGUCUCCUUUUCAACAAGGGAGUAUGUUCAUAAAAGGAGGGCGAGGUCAAGAUCGUUCAGGAGUUUGUUGGGCAGCAAGCAUGAAGCUUCUUGCACAAAUGGUGGGUUCAUAAAGAACCCCCAGACUCCCUGCUGAUCCAGUAGCCCUGGAGGCUCUCCAGCUAGGGAGAGCCAGAGGUGCCGGCCUUCCUGACGUGCCAGAGAAUUUAGCCUGGAUCUCCUCUCUUACCUACCAGGACUGGAAAGAGCCAGAAGUGGGUGACCUGAAGCCCUCUGUCUGCUCGAGGAAUUGCCCUGCAUGGAAUUGAGUGCUCGUGGGUUGGCCUCUUAUCAGUCUGGGAGUUAUUUUUGAUAUGUGAAAUGCCAGAUCUUCCAAAUUAGGCUAAAUGCGAUGAAAAUCUCUUAGGAUGAUCUGUGGAGCAUCAGUUUGGGAAGGAUUAUUGAAUUACGCAAGAAAAAAGUGUGUCUCACUUUUUGUUAAUGUUGCUGCCUCAUUGACCUGGGAAAAAUGAAAAAAAAAAAAUAAAGCAAGCAAAUGGUAAGACCCUU